AAGCACUAACAAUUACCACAUGUCCACAUUCCUAAUUUAUCGAACAUACUUUAACUGACACUCAAUUUUAUAAGGCUAGUAAAGACACACUUUUUGCCAUUGUAAAGAAGAUGAUGCCCUCUCAAUUUCCUCACAAAAGUCUAAAUGGAUUUCAUUCACAUGAAAAGAAAAAGUGAAAAUCUAAUUGAUUUGAACAAUCCAUAUCAAAAGACAAAGUAGUUGGCCAAACACCCCUAAAUUCUAGGUUUAUAUAUUUAUACUUUGACUUAAUCACAUACCCUCCACACCAUUUUUUCUUUCCUAAAAUACCCUCCAUUCUCUCUGUUAAGUGUCUCCUUCAAUUGCCAAUUCAGAGAAGUGCAACAUGUUCACUACAUAUGUUCUCAAAAACAAAAAGGUAAACAAAAUUAAUUUGAGAUUAAAAAAAACAUAGUUUGAAGAAAAACACAAAAAAGGCAGAAACUUUUGGCCAGUAUUUCACCAUUGUACUUUCUGCAGGAGCUUUUAAGCAUAAAAAGAAAGCAGAGAGAUAGUGAAACAGAGAAAAUUAUCAGAGAAAAAAAAAUUGAAGAAAUAAAUACUUCUAAAAAUAGUAAUAAUGGUAAUCACAAAUUCAUGGAAAACCCAACAAUCUCUAACCAAGAAACUCUUACCAUAUGUUCUUUAUUCAAUAUUUCCAUUAGCCCUCCUUCAUUUUUAUCUUUAUCCUUUUCCACCUCUUCCUGGAUCUCCUGCUAAAGAUCAGUUUUCUAUUCCCACAAUUUUAUCUCCAUUUACAUCACAAAAUAAAGAAUUGAAAAUUGGAAAUGGGUUAUUAGAUUCACCAUCAUUACCACCUGAAGAAAAGGAAAAUGGAAAUGAAAAUGGGAAUUUACAUGAAGAAAUAGCAUCAUUACCUACUAAAGAAAAGGAAAUUGAAAAUGGGGUUUUACCAGAAAAGGAAAGUGAAAAUGGGGUUUUACCAGAAGGGAAGGGUAGUGAAGAAAUUUCAUCAACCUGUGACUAUGCAAAUGGGGAAUGGGUCCAAGAAAAGAAGGGUCCUUUGUAUAAUGGCUCAAGUUGUGGUACAAUAAAAGAUGGUCAAAAUUGCAUGAGCCAUGGGAGGCCUGACAUGGAUUAUCUUUAUUGGAGAUGGAAGCCAAGGCAAUGUGAUCUUCCAAGGUUUGAUCCUCGAUCGUUUUUGCAAAUAUUUGAAGGAAAACACAUAGCUUUUGUUGGGGAUUCCAUGGCAAGAAACCAAUUAGAGUCUUUACUAUGUAUGUUAGGCUCUCUUUCGCCUCCUAAUUUGGUUUUUACGAGCGGGGAUGAUAAUAAAUUCAGGAGAUGGCAUAUCCCUUCUCAUAAUGUUGUUGUUUCUGUGUAUUGGUCACCUUUUCUUGUUAAAGGGAUUGAGAAAACAAGUGAUGGAAAUCAAGAUUACAACAAAUUGUUCUUUGAUUCUAUUGAUGAAAGAUGGGGUUCUGAUCUGGAUACGAUUGAUAUGGUGGUUUUAUCGAUUGGUCAUUGGUAUUUACAUCCUGCUAUUUAUCAUGAUGGGGAUGUAAAGCUUGGGUGCCAUGCUCUUGAUACCAUGAAUUGCACCGACGUUCCGUUCUUUGAUGUGUAUGGCAAAGCUUUUAACACCACCCUAAAGGCCAUAAUUCAAAGGAAACUAGGGUCAGAAGGCAAGGGUAUUGAUGUUGUUGUGACCACAUUUUCACCACAUCAUUUUGAAGGGGAAUGGGAUAAAUUAGGUGCUUGCCCUAGAACGAAGCCAUUCAUGGAAGAGGAGAAGUCCCUUGAAGGAAUGGAUGCCCAAAUGAGAGAAGUACAGGUUGAAGAAGUAGAAAAGGCUAAAAUUUUGUUAAAUGCGGAUAAAAAUGUUUUGCCUAAGGUUAGGUUAGCAGCAGUAGAUGUUACAAAGUUGGCAUUGUUGAGGCCCGAUGGUCAUCCUGGCCCUUACAUGUAUUUUAACCCUUUUGCCGAUGGGAUUAAGGAGCGUGUUCAGAAUGAUUGUGUGCAUUGGUGCUUGCCAGGACCAAUCGAUACAUGGAACGAGAUUAUGUUGGAUGUUAUGACGAGAUGGCACACAUCAUCAAUGAAAUGAGAGGGAGAUUAUCUUGGUGUCAUUUUGAACUCAAUUGAAGGACUUCUUGUCCUUUUUCUUUCGUCAACCUGUUUGAUAUUGUACGCUAUUACAAACAGAAAUUUUCAAGAGAUAUUCAUAUGUGAACUGUGGUUGCCAAAUGAUGGUGGCCGGAGAUUUUUAUUGUCUUCCUCUUUGCAUUCUUGUACAACAAUAUGUUAGUAGCACCCAUACAGACAGAGCAUCCAGAGUUCGGCUACCUUUUGUAGGAUUUGCAUGACGGCAGUUGAGAGGCCUUUGCUAUGGAUCGGUUAGUUCAUGGCAAGUUCUUGUGAUGUGAACUAUAGUUGUAGGUUUCAGCUUUCUAUUUUUUCGAUUUGUUUCUAGACUUUUAUAAACUUAUGGAGUUAGACUGAUUGACUGCUCCUUUACUAUUGACACUUGAAUAUGUAUUCUUUACUAUGAUAUGUUAUUUGAUGAUAGUAAUUAGUAA